GAAGAAACUGUGAGAGGGACAGUUCUGUGAUUCACACCUGCGUGUCUCUCUCUCUGUCUCUCUCUCUUUUCAGCAUACACUCUGCCUCGCUCGUCCGUCUCUCUCUGCCACUGCUGCCUUUUGCACUUGCUCGCCUCUUGCAGCUUUCAGAUUCCUGAGGAGAGAGAGAGGUUUAAUGCGAUGGACCUGCUGCCCACCGACUGCUGCUGUUUACACCGCGGCAUCAUGGGAGCUGUAGUUUCCUGUGCGGCGCAGAAGGACAGCUGAUGAGCAAAGGAUUGUGGGGGAUCAGAGUUUGGAGAUGUGAGCUUGUAGGCGGACGAGGUUCAACAAACUCUCUCUCUCUUUUCUUUUCUUCACCUUCUGACUCUCACUUUCUUUUUCUCUGUCACUCGCUCGCCCAUUUUAUCAACCUCUGCAUCUUUCUUUUUCACCUUUCCUUUUUCCCUUCCAUUUUUUUUCCUCUCCUCCAAACUUGUUUCUAUCCGAGGAAAAAGACAGGAUGGGCUGUCGUCUCACCCGGUCUAAGGCCAAAACUCGAGAACCCACCCAUCACCGACAGCGGGAGGAGCUUCAUUACGUGGACGAGUACGGCCAGCCAAUCAAUGUGCAGGUUGAGACCAGGAGGGGUCAUGGUCACAGGCGGCGGCGGUCCCAUUGUGCCAACGAGUGCAGCGGCCCGACAGAGAGACACUGGGAGGCCCUGAGAGCCAUGGGACUGGUGGAGGGGGAGGUGGUCCAGGGAGAGGCCUACAGUGCAGGGCCUUACUAUGGUCACAUGACCGUGUCACCUGACCUGUACAUGAUGUCACCUGAUGGCUAUGCACCCAACGGCUACCUGGCCAGAUCAAACGACCAGCAUCCGGGUAACAGCUACCUACCCAGCGUCUCCUACAGCUUAGAUCACCUGGACAGACUGGAAUACCAGCAGGCUCCAGAAAUGUUGCCCUACCAGCCCAACUCAGAGAGCUGUCUGAUUGGCUGCUACAACACGGAGGAGAUGGAGUCCAAUCAUUUCCAAAGACAGUCGGAGUAUUGCCCUCCGUGGCGGUCAGAUCGCCAUCUUGGAUACCUUCCUCUCAGUGAGCUCGACAGCGGGCUGGGAUGUGGUCCAGACAGCCCGAACCACAGGAUGCCGCUUUCUGAGGCCGAGACGGACGCCAUGUCGUCGCUGCCGGGUCACACCCCUUCCUCCCAAGGCUCCUCCUCUUCCUCCGAGUCUCUGAUCUCCUCUGAACCCAGCGACUCAGGCUUCCACAGCGUCAGCACGGGCGAGCACAGACGACUGCACAAGAUUCACGGGAACCACGCCCAUCGACAAACUCACCACCUUCGAUCAGGCCACUCCCCCAGAGAGCAGAGAGGACGCUGGGAUUUGGAGUCCAUCCCCGAGACGACUCCGAUGACUCACGCCGGCACACCACAGGCUUCCCGCUGCACUGUGGGUAACAGCACGACUACAACAGUUCACUUUCACAGAGCGGAGAGGAGUCCCACCUUACCUCGCCACCGCUCGCCUCCGUCUCCUUCUGUCGGUUGUCGUACUGAACCGUGCCAGCGGAGGGCGCUGUGGUUGGAGCAGCAACAAGGAGGAGGAAGGACAACAGAGGCUCCAGGGAGAAGUCGAACAAUAACAGAUCUGAGUGAAGGUCAACGCCGUCGCAGGGCCAGUCAUCCCAACACGACGGAUCCAAACACGCAACAAAACAGCCUUCAAACCAGCCAACCGGGGAACGCCAACAGCACGCCGGGGCCGAGGAGCAGGGCCAGUUAUCCCAGUAACUGCCACUCCACCAGUCACCUCAGUUUGGACAGAACCAGUCUGACCAAUCAGCAGAACUCACUGAGGAGCAGCAGAGGUUCAACCCGCAGCCGGGAGGACGACUCGCUCUCUAAGAGUCCGGGUUCUGGUUCAAGCGGGACAUCGGACUGGCGUGGCAUUCAGACUCUCGGGAAUCGAACCAGCAAUCCCAAAGGUCCGUCUGGUCCUCUGUACAGCACGCUCGGAGCCCCGCAGUGCAGCCCUCGCUCUCCACCUUCCCCCCGCUCCAGACUGUCCAAUCCAAAGUCCGUCAGAAACCAGCUGCUCAGAGCCAGAGCUUACCGGCUGGCCAGGGAACGCAGUGAGGUGACGACGGAUGAAGAGGUCCGAGGCGGGGACAGGGGGGGCGGAGAGGAUGGGGACGAAGGCAGAUGGGCGGGGCGGUACUGGAACCGGACCGAGAGGAGACGACAUCUGGCACUGUCAAGGCAACACAGAGAGAGGAGGGUAGGAGGAGAAGAGCACGGCGGGGGGCUUCAGGGGGCGCUGUCGUCUCAGACGGUGCUGGAGCUGAGUCACAUGAAACAAAACCGACUGAGGAACAGCAAGCUGCUCGAUGAUUGGACGACGGUGGAGGAGCUGCUGACUCAUGGGACCCGGGUGGAGAGUGACAACCAGCUGUGUCCCAGUCCUCUGUUAUCGGUUACUACUGUCUGAUGGAGACCUCCGACAUACAGUC